CUUUCUUCUCUUUUGUGGGCUAAGUGAAGUGUGGCAUCUUAAACUGCUGAUGCACAUCUCUGCAAAGUUCAACGUUGAAAGUAGUCAAUCAGGAUGCAUUCUAGGUCUGAACAGUUCGUGCUUUAAUUGCUGAAGACAAAUGGUGUCAAAAUAAGGCAGAAUGCAGUUGGCAGUCACAAUUGUGUAGUUUAGUGUAUCCUAUGACCAUUGACAACAUUCUCUUAAAAUUAUUCAAAAGGAUCGCAACCCUUCCAAUUUUAAACCAACUACGUAAUGUCCAAACAUCGACAAAACGCUUAACAGAAUUAAAGCUGACAUUUGCCUCAUCCGGUCAGGCAUUUUAUAACAAUGUAGUCGUAAAACAAGUUGAUGUACCAACUUUAACUGGUCGAUUUGGUGUUUUACCAGAACACGUCCCUACAGUGGGUUGUCUUAAACCUGGUGUUGUUGCAGUAUACGAGAACGAUGGGAAUAUUAAGAAAUAUUUUGUCAGUAGUGGCAUUGUAACCGUAAACAAUGAUUCAUCUAUUCAAGUUCUUGCUGAAGAAGCCGCUGCCCUUGAUCAACUGGAUAUUCAAGCUGCAAAAGAAGGAAUGUCAAAAGCACAAUCUGAAUUAUCCAGUGCUACUACAGAACUUGAUAAAGCAGAAGCUCAGAUUGCUGUUGAAGCCUAUGAAGAAUUGUCACGUGCUUUGGAGGAUCGAAGUUGAUUUAAUGAAUUGAUGGAUAUUGACUGAGAUGACUAAGUGUAUGAUUAGAAGACCUUUUUAGCGAUUAAAUUUGUACAUUUUUGUUUCUUUUCUUUAAAUCAGUCAAUUGUAUUUUAGGAUUAAAAAAAAUAAAAGUUGUGAUUAGACGAAA